AUGACAUCGUACUUUGCGAUCCCGAUUCUUUUGUUUCUAUUUCAGAAUGUUUCUGCUCAAUAUUCAGAGGCUUUCUCAAGAAAUGUAAUAUGGCCAUUGGCAGCCGGCGCUCUUCGUGAUGAUCCUCAAAAAUGCAUUGAAAGUGGAACUGGUGAUGGAAAGUUGCGAAGAAAAAUCGAGCUACAAUGCGAUAUCUUGAAUGAGACAUGUUCCGCCUAUACAGCUGUCUCCGAUUCUCGCAUGGCGAUCAUCUUGUCAUGGAGAGGCUCAGUCGGAGCAUACGAAAUAGAAAUGGAGGCGCUCGAUAUCCUCUUCGGUCAACAGUUAACUUUCCCGGGUGGCGCAAAAGUCGCCGAUUUCUUCUACAACGCUUUUUUGAAACUCUGGAAUGCGGGGAUCAAGGACGACUUCUUUACACUACAACAAAAAUAUCCAGACUAUGAGAUUUGGGUGACUGGGCAUUCUCUUGGAGGCGCAAUGGCCGGACUAUGUGCUGGAUACUUGAAACAAAUGGGAUUUGCCGAUCCAAGCAAGAUCCGUUUGAUCACAUAUGGAGAGCCGAGAACGGGUGAUGCUCAAUACUCGACCCUCCUCAACUCGCUUCCCUACUCAUAUCGAGUGGUGCAUGACAACGAUUGGAUACCGCAUGUGCCAUUCAAAAAUGAAAACUAUCUCCAUCAUGGAAUCGAGAUCUACUAUCCAAAUAACAUGACCCUUGGCUUGCCCUAUACGAUUUGUGUUGGAAACGAGGAUAAAUCAUGUUCGUCUGGCGCUCCACUAUUUCGACUCAAUUUUCGAGAUCACACAUUGUAUUUUGGAAUCGAACUGGACAACUAUCUUUCAAGAGAAUGUAAAUAU